AUGAGAAAGAGAAGUUACAGAUUUAUCAUUUCGAAAAAUUGUUUGCAAACAAAAGAAUUGAUUAAACAAGCCUUUGAUAAUGAUCAUGUGCUGAUGGGAACAUGCAAUGUAAAGGAAAAAAAAUUUCUACUAUAA